AUGCCAGCGGCUGAUCCCGAGAUGGACAAGUCCAAUCUUGUUGGGGAUGCAAGCGUGUCUGAUCUGCUCAAGACGAACUUUCUGUCAAGCCCGUCUGCUUGUGCUAAGCUAGUUGAUCGUAUCCAUCAAGCCGACUAUCUGAAACUCAUCCGCUGUGCCCCCUCUUCUGCUCAGCUCAGCGAGUCGGAAAAGAAGAAUGUUGAACUUACUAGCAUGCUUUCUACCAAGCAAACUCGUUUGAGGGUGAUGAAAUCUGAGUUGAAGAGUUCUCUUGUUGCGAAGGAUUCUGAGCUUAGCUCUUCCGCUACUAACUUGGAUAGUCGAAAAUAUGAUUGCUUCCAUCUUAAGUGCAAGAAUGCUGACAUCUCCCUUAGCUAUGAUGAGCUCCUAGCUAGAUUUCGCGUCUAUCGUAAGUCUGCUAAAAAAUCCAAGCUAGAAGCUACCAUGGAUGCGUACAAGCUGGGCUACUUGGAUUGCACAAAUAGGAAUGCUCCCUUUUAUGCCACUGGAGAUGAAGACAUCGAGACGCUCUGCCGUAACUUGCUUCCUCUGAAGAGCACGCGGGCAACCGAAAAGGCAGUAGUCGAAGAGGAUGGAGCAGAGCAGGACACAGCUGAUGAGAUUGUGACGGAUCGGGAAAGUGGAGCUCUUGAGAGCGUGGAUGAUUUGGUGGAUGCCGAAGAGGUUACAGAUCAGAGGUCUCCUGCCUGCGUCUCGGAGUAG